AUGCCGAAAAAGCGAUAUAGUGAUGAAGAUAUUGAGUCCUACGUAGGUCGGAAAAUAAGGAAGAUCGAAAGAAAGUUACGGAAGAGGCGAGCACACCGUCUUCGCUCAUCUUCACAGGAUUCGUUAAAAAUCUUAGACGAACCUCACAGAACCCACCCUGGUGAAGAACGCUCGUCAUCUCUCGCGCUAACUCAUCAACCUAACGAGGCCGCACAAAAUAUAGACCACCAUGUCGUGGAUGACGCCCCACUUAAUGACGUGGUCAAUAUAUCGGAGCAACCUCCAGAUUUAUCAGCCUCUAUUGUCCCUGAUACUGCAGCGGCGACCGCGCAAGUAGCGGACAACGAUACAGUUGAGGAUUCUCUUCCUGAUGACAUUUUAGAAAUAUUAGGGGAAGCCCCCAUAAACGAUAAAAAAUUUGGCCCACCCUUGAAUUCAAAUCUAGCUAUCAGGUGGGAGCAUACAGCGACGAAUGGUCUCUCUAAGGAAGCUAGAAAACAGAUUCUUGAUAAACAUUCUAUCCCACAAAACUGCAAGAAUAUCGAUGCUCCUGCUCUCAAUCAGGAGGUAAAAGCAGCUUUGUCUGAGGUUCUCAGCAAGAAAGAUAAAGCUAUCGAAAAUAAACAGAAGCAAAUCGCAUUGAUAAUCGCUUGUGUAGGAGAUGCCCUUUCACAGAUUUUAUCCACCGAUAGUACAAACAUAUCGCUUAUUAAAUCAUUAACUGACGCCGGUAAACUAGCCUGUGACUUGCAACAUACAGAAUCCAUGAUUCGUAGGAGUUUUGUCUGUUCUUCAAUCAAAAAAGAAAUAAAAGAUCACUUGUACGAAGCAAAAAUUGAUAGCCAUCUUUUUGGUAGCCAACUGGGUGACUUGUUAAAGGCGGCAAAAGCGAUUAAUAAAACAGGUGCAGAAAUGAAGACUGUAGCACCUAUACCUGGACCGUCAAGAAGAUUAACCAAUCAGACGCAGAAUUUAAACUCGCGGCGCCCACUUCCACCCAUGAGCAGGCAGACGGGAGUUGCGGCGAGACGUUCGACAGCGCCUGCUCCGACCCGACCGGAGUACCCGCGCCAACAGCGUCGCGCCCCACCGCCGCCGCGGCCGCAGCCGAGCGCACCCUACAGGCGCUCACAGACCCACGCACCGCACCGCCGAUAG